AACUUUAGUAUUGUGUGGCGCCGCUAGAUGGCAGCACCGGCGCCACAGUUUGUAAACAUUGACACUCCCAGCUGACCAACCUGCCUGCAGUACUGACUGUGGUGUCGUUUCAACUCCAGUUUCACAAUAGCUUUCAGGAUGUCAGCACGCAAUCAAGUUAUUACUCAACAAAUUAAGCAAGACUGGAUUAAUCGGGAAUACAUUGAGGUCAUCACCAGCAACAUCAAGAGGAUCGCAGAGUUCCUCAACAGCUUCGACAUGUCAUGUAGAUCCAAGCUGAGUCAACUUAACGAGAAGCUGACCAUGCUUGAACGGCGCAUUGAAUACCUCGAGGCACGAGUUACGAAAGGGGAAACCCUCAACUGAAAAAUAUGGCAUGCAGUCGGGGGCAAAUGUACAAAUACGAAGACGGGCACGAUAUUACCUAACACAACCUUAUGGACUUGAGGAGGAUGGAAAGCACAAUGUUAUGAAUGAUUGACUGCCAUGAGACUUGUGUUUUUGUAUAUAUUUGAACCUAACUGUGCAUAUUUACACUAGAAUAUAUUAAUAAGUAUUAUACCAUACCAGUGCUAGUUAAUUAAUUAAAAUGCUCUUUAACACAGUAAAAAUUAGUAUCUCAAAGCCUUGUGAGAAUUAUUUUGAGUUAACAGCUGCAGUGAAAACCAAUCCAGUAUAUAUAUAUAUAUAUCAUUGGUGUCAAAAUAAUGUACCUUGUGACAGUAGCUAACAUCAUCAACAAAACAUUGUACAGUAUACCACCAAAAUCGAACUAGAAUCAUUUUUACUGUGGAGAUCAAGUCUAUGUAUUAGUUUUUCAAGUUUUUUAUAAAUAAAUGAAGAGAGAUUAA